GUUACGUGUGGCAAACGCAAAGAAGAUGAAUUCCAUUCCACACGAGCGCGAUAAGGCCCCCGAUUUCUCUAAUUUUCCAACUUCGAAAAAACGAGCUUUCGCUCAGUCGAUGGACGAGAGAGACCCCCUAAAGCAUUUUCGGGAAGGAUUUUUCAUUCCUAGCAAAAAGUCUCUGACCAGUAGCAGCUUCCAAUCAUCAGAUUCAUUACGGGAAACUGAGUCCGGGGUUUACCUUUGUGGUAAUCAAAUUGGUCUACAACCACGCCAAGCACCCCGGCUGAUUGAGCAUCACUUGAGAACAUGGCAAGCCCAGGGAAUGUAUGGCUUAACGAAGAAGAUAAGCGACUCUCCAUUACCGACAUGGGGCGAAAUGGACCAGGUUGCGGCUCGCCUGAUGUCACCGAUCGUUGGAGCAAACCCAUAUGAGGUAUCCGUUAUGGGGGGCCUUACAGCCAACUUGCAUAUUCUCAUGGCUAGCUUCUACCGACCAAUCGGUGAACGGACCAAGGUGUUACUAGAGCGUGAUGCGUUCUCUAGUGAUUAUUACGCUGUUCAAUCACAGAUACAGUGGCAUGGACUCCAAAUGGAUAACAUGGUUCUUAUUGAUCCAAUCCCGGGUGAUAAUUUGGCCCUGUCCACGGCCAAAAUUCUUGCCGUAAUCGAUGACCAUGCAUCUACGGCUGCAUUGAUUAUAUUAUCUGGCGUUCAAUACCUGACCGGCCAGGUCUUGGACAUCGAACAGAUCACGUCCCAUGCCCACUCCAGAGGCAUCAUGAUUGGGUGGGAUUUAGCUCAUGCGGUUGGUAAUAUCGAACUUAACUUACAUGACUGGCGGGUCGAUUUUGCCGUAUGGUGCAAUUACAAGUACAUGAACGCUGGCCCUGGGGCCAUUGGCAGCAUCUUCGUGCAUGAGACGCACGGCCAAGUAGAUCAGACGAAGGGGAUGGAGGGCUAUCGCCCUCGGCUGGCAGGCUGGUGGGGCAAUGACAGCAGUAGUCGGUUUGCCAUGCGAAAUACCUUUGCCCCAGGCACUGGAGCUGCGGGAUACCAAUUAUCCAAUGCGUCGGUGUUGGAUACAGUUGCUCUUAUCGCAUCCUUAGAAGUCUUCAAUCAGACUAAUAUGGUCGCUAUCAGGAAGAAGUCCGUUCUGCUGACCGCAUAUCUUGAGUUUCUGCUGGGUACUAUCGAUCCUCUCCCGUUCAGGAUAAUUACCAGUUCAAAUGCAACGGAACGUGGCUGCCAAUUGACUUUACGAUUCGACGACCAAAACGUGUUGAGCCGAGUCAUGAUGCGGCUGACAGAAAAGGGGUAUGUGGUAGCCCAAAAGCAGCAAAUGAUGCGGGCGGCCCCCGUCCCCCUUUACAAUACCUUCACUGAGGUCUGGGACUUUGUGGACCAGUUGCGCCGUGUUCUGCCAUCCUGCAUGGUUGGGGUCUGAUUUGUA